AGACCAAGAGAAAUUUACCUUUCAAAACACUUUGCAGUACAAAGUAAGUGAAUUCGUGAAUCCUCUUUGAUAUAAAAGAACAAGGCUGAUUAUCAAUAUUUUGACAGUUCAAAUUAAUUCCCAUAAAAUAUAAAAUACAGUGUUGUAAAAUUAUUACUAGCUCACUGGCCCUUCUUCUUAUUUUUUCUUUCAGAUGACUUGUGGAUUUGGAUGCCUUUUAGCUGAUAAUUCAUUAUUUAAUUUUCUUUUCGUUUAUUUUUCAGUAUCCAUACGAAACUUUUUAGACUACCUUUGUUGUACAAUGGCGGUGCAAGGAAAAUAGCGUCUCUUAUCGAUGUAGAUCUAGUGUGCUAACCUCUAUACACUGUUGAAUCCAAGUAAUAUACGGCUUGAUUAAUGCAGUAAAUUCGCAAAGAAGAUGGAACCAGAACUUGGGUUGCAUAUUGACCUGUACAAUCUGGAGGAUGUUAAAUUUGAAGGGAGCAAGUAUGUACUUACAAGCCCAAGGUCCCUGGAAGCAUGUUCUAGACUCGACGUUAAGCCAAUUGAACUUCUGUACAAGCCUUUGUCAGAGUUCCAAGAGGAGUUGCUACCUCAAGAUAUACCCCUGAGGACAAUCUAUACUCUGUAUGAUGAAAGUGAAGAGAUUCGACAAAAAAAACUAAGGUUGUGUCGGGAGGAACGAAAGAGAAUUCUUGAAAGUGAGCUCAAAAAGGAGUCCACACUAUCCAGGGAUAUAAAAUUGUCUACUCUACCCAGUGAAGAUGCCCUUGCUAAACAAAAGAAGCAGAAAAGUGCCUUAUCACCAACUAAAGCUGUUGGAUUCAGAAGUUCAUAUGCCAGUAGAAUUCUAAAAAAAUCUGCAGACAGAGAGAGCACUAAACUGCACAGAGAACUCGUGUCAAAAAAAGAGAAAAAUCCUCCUCGGGCUAGGUCAACGAUAAGGACAAGACCACAGUCUGCAGACAGAAGAAGACCUCAGAGAUGUGCCCCUUCUGUCACUAAAGGCUCUCGAGUCAGAGUCCGGAGUGGGUCUGCACCUAAUGCUCGAUUGCCUGAUCAGAAGAUUUUAAAACUCAUGAAAGAUCGGCGUGAUGAAGAACGGAAGGAUCUUCAGGCUAGCACUGAGGCACGUCGUCUUUGGGAAGAUCAGAAGAAAAGAGAGGAGGCCUUACGAACCAUUGCUGAGAACAAGAGACGGCAGCUCCUGGCUGAAGAAAACAGGAUCAGGGACAGGAGGAAGUUUGAAGAAAAAGAAAGAAUUAUUCAAGCAGAGGAAGAGGAAAGAGAACUGAAAAGACUUGCUGUCAAAGAUUCACAGCUGAAUGCAGAGAUAGCUCUCAUGAAUCAGCUUCGAAUGAAGGAGUUACAGCUGUCGGAUAAAAUACAAAAAGAGACAGCUAAAGCUGAAAUUCAUGAGCUGAACUUGAAAGCAAAAGAGAAAGAAGAUGAAGAAAUAAGACAGCUCCUCCUUGCGAAGCAGAUAACAGAUGUGAACAGCGCUACAGAGCGCAAGGAUGUGAGACUGCAUCAAGAAAGUUUGAAAAAGUUUUUGGACAACAGGCAAGAAAGAGAACUGCAUGAAAAGAGGAAACAUUUUAUUGAAAAUCAAGAAAGACAAAAUCAAGCUGUGAUGCAAUCGUCUAUGGCAAGCAGACUCAAUCAGGCUGAGAGCAAUUUGUCUGUGGUCUUAGAGCAGAGGAACAAACAGCUUGAGGAGCAACGUCGGGCAGAACAGGAAAAAUUGCAUCGUGCCCGCAAAGCUCACAGAAGGAUGGAAGCUGAAAUGGAUGCCUGGAGACAUGGGCUUUUGGAACACAAGAAAAUGAUGGAAAGCAGAGCCUCUGAAGUAGUGAAUAAAAGCUUGGAACUCAAGUCCUGGCAAGUUAAGAAAGACAGAAUGAACAGACAGACGGAGCAAAAACGAAAUAUUUCAAAAAUUCACAAAGAAGUAGAGAGAUGGCGCAGUGAUUUAGAAAAAUCUCUUUGUGAAAGAGACAGGAAAGUGGAAGAUCUUUUGGAAGAGAAGGAGCGUACAAUUUCAGAGACCAGGGCGAUGGCACAGAUAAGUCAGACCAUGCGGGAUGACAUCAAAGAGAGGUACGUAUCUGACACCUUUGACAAGAAGGCCUUGGAAGCCCAACUGUAUGCAAAUCUCUACAGUAGCCACAGAUCCCGAAGUCCUUCACUGAAGAAUCGAUCGAGCAUUAAGAUAUGCUAAUAGAUUGCAUAUUUAUUAAUCAAUAUUCAUGUAUCUCUUUCAUUUUGUUUCCUAGAUUGGUCAGGUACCUUUUAAUUUUUGUAGUUUGAAGUAUCGCUUUGGGACCAAUUUAACUUAUUUUGGUUUUUCGUUAACUCAGUUUGUUCAUAAAGUCAUGCUUGUGUCUCAAGGGUGCCCUGUAGGCCUUAAGCUUUAAUAUUUUCUGUCUGUCUUUGUUCAGUCUUAUCAUUAGCAUAAUAUGCCUUCGUUCAAGCACUGUGUAAAGUUGUUUUUUUCUUAAUGCUCUCCUUUUAUGUUUAUAUAUAAAUUUUAUAAACUUUUUAAAACUUUGUUGUAAACUUUUGUUUGUGUGCACUUGAGUAUGAAUUGCUGACAGACAUUAUACAUAACAAUGUGAACAAAUGAAAUUGUAAUUUUUAGAAAGUCAGAGUCCUGUUGUGGAAAGCUUGUGAUGCAAUUAAUCUAUGUCAAUUUAUGUUGUACUUUGUACUCUCAGUGAUUUUUUUACAGUUUAUAGCUGGAGUCUCCUUUUAUUCUGUGCAAUGGUAGACAGUCAGUUCACACUUUGUUCUUUUAAUUUUUUUUAAACGAAUAACUAUUAAACACAAGAAUACUUUCAUACACUUUUGAUGCACAACACCUUGCCAUGCACUUGCUUUAUUUUGUUUUGUUUUUUUAAAUUCCUUGAGUUUUAGAUACUUCCUAUCAUGCACUUAUAUUUCCUAUCAUACAUUUGGGUUUAAAUUUCAUACAAUUUCACUUUUCAUAUACUCUUACAUUGAGAGUGAAAGUCGAGAGUGCUUGAUCCUUCUGAACUUUAUGUCAUCAUUUAUCAAGGACUAUUCAAGUGAUAAGAGCACCAAUCAUUAUUUUUCCAAUGUAGUACAUAUUUGAAAAAGAAGAAUCCACAUCAAUUUUGAAGGUUUCUGUGUUAACAAUAAAUUUGGUUCUUUGUUUGAUUGAAGUUUUAAAUUUGCCAUGAUUAUGAUGAUAUCAAAAUCAGUUGAACUUGACAUACUAGAGUGUCUAAGCUGUGCUGAUAAAAAGUGAUUUAUAUGCAUCUGUUGCGAUGCGGUUACGAAUUUGGAAUCAGCUUGGUAUAUAUGACCCCUGUAUUAUUGUGUGAAUAUUUGAGCCCAUUCUCAGUUUCUCUUAUAAUGUGAUUUAGAAUGGGCUUGGAUUGGGGGGUAGCUGAACAUCAGGAUGUGGUGACGUCGAGGAAAGAGCACCAUUUUUUUUGCUUAAUCCAUUACUUUGUAAAGUACAUUCGGCCUUUCUUGGUCACAAGUCAGAUCGUUGUGUAUAAAGAGACUAUUCCUGCCUCUUUGUUUUGGGAAACUUCUUUGUCAUGUUUUGCUUUUUUGUUUAUUUUUAGAAAUAAGAAAUCACGAAAAAAAACUAAAAGUGUGUUUCUGGACAUUGUUUUCAGUAACAGGCAUCUACAUGACUGUCUCUUUUCAUUUUUGAGAAACAACAAUGAUCCUUUUUAUUUUGAAAUGUAACUUCAAGUCAGUCGUGUCUGUUUCCAUGGAUAUCAAAGGAUCCGUGGAUAUGAAACUUGUGGAUAUGAAACUUGAUGAAUAGUGUUUCCUCAACACGCCCGCAACCCAACAAAUUUAGAAUGGAAUUUGUCAAUGAUUAAAAAAACUGGCCUUGUUCUUGUCCCCAAUUCUCAAUGUUCAUUAGCAUUCAACAGCUACCAGGGAUAUUCUACCACUGUUUUUACACUGUUAUGUGUCAACCUGCUGUGAUGUAAUGAAUAAAAUUAGCUUGCAUUAUUAA